AAAGACAUCCAUACAGUCAGUAAAAUAUCUGUACAAAAACAACAAACGAUCACAAUCCCGUGUUUAUAUGAUCAAAAAUAUGUCAACUACCCCAAACACAUGAGUCGUGGAGGUGUUUGGCUCUUCAGUGGUUGCGUGACACACAGCAGGAUGUCUGUUGAGGAUGAUCCAGCAGUAAAAGUGUUUACGGCGACACUGAGAGAAGCUGAAGUGAGUGACUCCGGCUGGUACUGGUGUGCUGUGAGCGUGUCUGGAUCUGAUCCUCACACAUAUCUCUACCUGCAGGUUACUGAAGCAGAAGCAGGGCUCCGUGUCUCCAGUCAGACUGUGUCAGGUUAUGAGGGAGGUAACGUCACGAUCCUCUGUCACGGCGCUUCACACUGGUGUACGAUCAGAGGAUCUUGUGCGGGGAGAGAUGGACGAUCUCUAGAGAGGACUGCGCUGCGUGAUGAUGACGGUUCUGUUCUGAGAGUGACUCUGAGGCAGCUGCAGACACAGGACAGUGGAUGGUAUUUCUGCUCUAAUGAGGAUUCACAGAUGCCUGUUCAUCUUACUGUGAUGGAGGCCCAAGAUAUUACACAGUGUACAACUAACCCCUCUUAUAGCAGCACACCACCCAGUGCAGACAGUGCAAGCCUUGACUUCAGACAGUUCCUGUGGCUGCUGCUGCUGGGAGCGAUGCUGCUGAUUACAGUCUGUGCAGCUGUGAUGCUGAUCAGAGCAAGGAACACCAGAAAACAAAGAGCUGAAAGCUCAAAUCUUCAUGAUCACAUGAACAAACAACAACUGACCAAAGAUACUGGAAAAAGCAGUGAGGUUCUGUGUGAAAAUCUCUAUGAAACCAUGACUGGAAAUAAACCAAACACUCAGGGAAAUGGAAAACACAGCAAGGUUGAAUGUGAAGAUCUCUAUGAAACCAUGACUGGAAAUAAACAAAAUACUCAGGGAAAUUAUAAAAACAAGGAGGUUGAAUGUGAAGAUCUCUAUGAAACCAUGACUGGCAAUAAACCAAAACACUCAGGGAAAUUGGAAAAAAGAUGAGGUUGCAUGUGAAGAUCUCUAUGAAAUUAUAAAUGUAAUUAAGCAAAACACUCAGGUACUUUGAGUUAAUCAUUAAUUAAUCUCUCUCACAAUGCAUUAUCAUGUGUUCAUGUCAGUCUAACUGUACUUUUGUUUUGUUUUGUCUGUGUUUUUGUGUUAGUUGACUGCAGCAGAUAAUAAAAUAUAUAUUAAAAUAUAUUAAUCUUAAUUAAUUAAACAAUAAACAGUUAGACAGGCUUCGGGAUUCUAUGAUGUUUGUUUUCUCCUUUAUGUUAAUGAGAGUGAUACAGGGUAUAUAUAUAUAUUUUUUAUUAAUCAGAUGUGUGUAA